AUGGCGGUGCAGGAGUCCGCCGCUCAGCUCUCCAUGACCCUGAAGGUGCAGGAGUACCCGACCCUCAAGGUGCCCUACGAGACGCUGAACAAGCGCUUCCGCGCGGCGCAGAAGAACAUCGACCGCGAGACGAGCCACGUCACCAUGGUGGUGGCCGAGCUGGAGAAGACCCUGAGCGGCUGUCCGGCCGUGGACUCUGUGGUCAGCCUCCUGGACGGCGUGGUGGAGAAGCUCAGCGUCCUCAAGAGGAAGGCAGUGGAAUCCAUCCAGGCGGAGGACGAGAGCGCCAAGCUGUGCAAGCGCCGGAUCGAGCACCUCAAGGAGCAUAGCAGUGACCAGCCGGCGGCGGCCAGCGUGUGGAAGAGGAAGCGCAUGGACCGCAUGAUGGUGGAGCACCUGCUGCGCUGUGGCUACUACAACACGGCCGUGAAGCUGGCGCGCCAGAGCGGCAUCGAGGAUUUAGUGAACAUCGAGAUGUUCCUGACUGCCAAAGAGGUGGAGGAGUCCCUGGAGAGGCGCGAGACCGCCACCUGCCUGGCCUGGUGCCAUGACAACAAAUCCCGGCUGCGCAAGAUGAAGAGCUGCCUGGAGUUUAGCCUGAGGAUCCAGGAGUUCAUUGAGCUCAUCCGGCAGAACAAGAGGCUGGAUGCGGUGAGACACGCGAGGAAGCACUUCAGCCAGGCUGAGGGGAGCCAGCUGGAUGAGGUCCGCCAGGUCAUGGGCAUGCUGGCCUUCCCGCCGGACACGCAUAUCUCCCCCUACAAGGACCUGCUGGACCCGGCGCGGUGGCGGAUGCUGAUCCAGCAGUUCCGGUACGACAACUACCGGCUGCACCAGCUGGGGAACAACUCCGUGUUCACCCUCACCCUGCAGGCUGGCCUCUCGGCCAUUAAGACACCGCAGUGCUACAAGGAGGACGGCAGCUCGCGGAGCCCCGACUGCCCGGUGUGCAGUCGCUCGCUGAACAAGCUGGCGCAGCCCCUGCCCAUGGCGCACUGCGCCAACUCGCGCCUCGUCUGCAAGAUCUCGGGGGACGUCAUGAACGAGAACAACCCGCCCAUGAUGCUGCCCAACGGCUACGUCUACGGCUACAACUCCCUGCUCUCUAUCCGGCAGGAUGAUAAGGUUGUCUGCCCGAGAACCAAAGAGGUCUUCCACUUCUCCCAGGCCGAGAAGGUGUACAUCAUGUAG